CCAGAUCUACACCUGACCGUCACUGGAAUGCUACUCCAGGCCCUUGAAGAAAGCGAAAUUAAUUUUAAAGGCCCCUAAUUCUUUCUGUUACCCGUCUGAUGAAGUACUCCUUUAUCCUGAACUGAUUUGACUUUCCCAUCUCUGAAAACGUGUACAGGGAGCAGGAGCUUGAGCCCCAGCUGUAUUGGAAACCCUCCUAAGUCAGAGCAAUGGGUCAGGAAGCUAGCAAGCCUGAAUUGCCCAAACCAGCAGGAGGGUAUCAGUCCAGUUCAGGCAGGAUGUAUGGAAGAAGGCAUGCCUAUGUCAGUUCCAGGCCAUCCACGAGUCAGCAGGAACGCGUUGCCAGCCAGGGAAAGACAACAUCUGAUAUCCCAGUACACAGAUCAGCCCCCAGUCAAACCACCAAGAGAAGCCGAUCACCAUUUUCUACCACUCGUCGUAGGUGGGAUGACAGUGAGAGUUCCGGAACCAGUCUGAAUAUUGAUAAUGAGGCCUAUUCCAGGUAUCCACCAAGAGAGUAUAGGGCUUCAGGUCGCAGAAGAGCAAUGGCCUAUGGACAUGCUGACUCUUAUGGGGCAGACGACAGCCAGGAGGAGGGGACUGGGCCUGUUGAGGGACCUCCAGAGAGAGGGAAAACUGGCAAAGAUGGUAAGUUGUACGAGUCAGAGAAAGGGGCAAGGUCUUUGGCUGGAGUGCCUCCACAGUCCUUUCGUUUUAAUAGUGAUGUGAGAGAGGAGCAUGACAAGUUAGACCCAGCCCCUGCAUCAAGGUGGUCUUCUAGCAGAACUGAGUCCCUGCCACAAAAUGGCGUGGCCUCUCAGUCUUCUUCUGGUAAACACAAUGUAGCUACAAACAGUAACCGCUUAGAGAAGGAGAGAGGAGAGCAGAAGUUACCAGUGCCUUCCAGCAGGGCUUCUGUGAAAAUUUAUCGUGGGGAAAGCAUCUCAAACAGCACAGAGGAACCAGUGGUAAGGCCCAGAAUUCGAAAUCUGGGCAAUCCAAACUUCAUAAAACCAAAACCAUUUCUUGAUACCGAUGAUGAAGAUGAUGAUGAUGAUGACACGCCACACAGUACUUCCAGGUGGAGGGAGACCGCCUACGGGGAUGAAGGCCACUCGAAUGGCCCAACAAGAAGAGGGCGACGCAGGAGUUCGAGUGGCUUUUCUGAGUCAAAGCAUCCUGAAGACAAGAGGGAAGAGAGGAGUGGCCAAAUGAAACCAGAAAAGGUGCCAAGGCGUCGACGCACCGUGGCUAACCCUGACUUCUGGACUUACGGUGAUGAUUACUACAGAUUCUUUGAAGAUGACUCUGACAGUGACACAGGAUGGGUUACUGCUCUGCUUAGGAAGUAUCGAAGUCAGGAAGAAACUCUGUCCUCCAGUAGCAAAAGCUGGGAGACUUUGUCAGGAAAUGAAGAGCGUGAACCUCAGGAAUCCCAGGUGAGUGCCAGGCCCAACCUUAGCCCCAGUACCAGUGCCACUGCCGGUGCCGGUGCUGGCAGCACUGGCCCCAAUUAUCUUGAGGAAGCUAGAGAACCACCUCUUCAGGAAGAUGACCAGGCAUCCCUGGAAGAAGGAGAAAUUCCUUGGCUCCAGUACAAUGACAAUGAGAGUAGCAGUGAAGGAGAUAAUGACUCUGGUCCCGGGUUGAUGCAUCCUGGAGUCUUCAUGCUAGAUGGAAAUAGCAACGUUGAAGAUGAUUCCAGUGUGAGUGAAGACCUAGAUGUGGAUUGGAGCCUCUUUGAUGGAUUUGCAGAUGGGCCAGGAGUGGCUGAAGCCAUUUCCUAUGUAGAUCCUCAGUUCCUCACCUACAUGGCCCUUGAAGAGCGUCUGACUCAGGCAAUGGAAACUGCCCUUGAACACUUGGAAUCUCUUGCAGUAGAUGUGGAGGUGGCCAAUCCACCAGCAAGCAAGGAGAGCAUUGAUGCUCUUCCUAAGAUCCUAGUCACUGAUGAUCAUGGUGUGCUUGGUCAGGAUAUGUGCUGCCCUAUAUGCUGUAGUGAGUAUGUGAAGGGGGAGGUGGCAACUGAGUUGCCCUGCCAUCACUAUUUCCAUAAGCCGUGUGUGUCCAUCUGGCUUCAGAAGUCGGGCACCUGCCCUGUGUGCCGCUGCAUGUACCCUCCCCAGCUCUAAAGACCAAGGCUGUUUGCUUCUGCUCUCAUUUUCCCACCUGACUGCAGGAGCCCUCUCAAAAUUAACAAUGAAAACAAAACCAAUCAGUCACUCAGUCUAAAAUCUGUUGAUUCCUCAUUAUUUCCAAUGUGAAAAUGGUUGUAUAUGGUUGCAUUAAAAUCAUAAUUUUCGUGGUUAGAAAGGGAAAACUAAUGUUUGUAAAUGCUACUUGAGAUUGCAGUAAAAACAUUUUCUAACCUGAAAAAGUUGUAUUUGUUUUCUUCAGUGGAAUAUGUUGCUGUUAAUUGUAAUGUUAAGCUUAUCUGUUAAAUAUGUCCAAAAGACAAAAUCAUCUUUGUUGCAUGUUAUGGGUUAAUGUUCCUGUAAUGGCAGUGCUGUAAAAGUUUAUUAAAGUUAUUCUUUUGGUUUUACAUGGUA